CUACCCUUUUCUCAAAGAUCAAAUUUCAAGUCUAUAUAUAGCAUGAUUGUGACAAGGGUAUCUCACAUUCUCACAUUAUGGAAGGAACUUCUCGAGCUCUUUCUUAUACCAUAAGAUUCGUUGGUCUACUUGGUAGUCAUGCUCUUGGUAGCAAUCCAAGGUUCAUGGCUACGACGGUUGAUCUAGGACGGGAAUUGGUAAGGCGGAAAAUCAGGCUUACAUACGGAGGAGGCAACGUUGGCCUUCAAGGAGCUGUAGCUUCAAAAGUCUAUAAUAAUGGUGGUAGAGUCAGAGGUUUCAUACCAGGGUAUAUAGCAACACGACAGGUUUACGGACCUACGUACGGUGUAGAGUACACCAUUUCUAGCAAUUACUAUAAGUAUUUCGAGAUGAAUCAUAUUGUGGAAGCCUUCAUCGUACUUCCUGGAGGUAUUGACACUGUGGAUGGUUUAUUCACUUUGAUCUCAUGGGCAUCCGAAGGUUUACACAGUAAACCCAUUGGUCUUUUGAACAUUGACGGUUAUUUCAAUAACUUAAUCAAGUUUCUAGAUGAUGCGGUGAGGCAGAACUUCAUGGUCUUGAAUCAAAGGAAACUUUUCAUCUCUUCUUUCUUUGUUGAUGAGCUUUUAGACAAACUAGAGUUUGCUAAGGCUUUUCCGGAUGCUGGGCUAAUUAUGACGAGUUCGCAAAUCCCGGGGGAUUAGAUUUGGAGUUACAUUUUUAACUUUCCUCAUGCCUGCAGCCCCUUUCAGAUUAAAGUAUUAACUUGGUAAUCGUAAAAAUUUAAAACAUUUCAAACACUUUUAUUUAUCACAAUAAUAUUUUUCAUAAUAUAAACAGUACGGAGUUUUCAAUAUUGCGGAAGCUUAACAAUCAUAAUCACAAACAUAAUUUAUUUAUGUUCUUUAAUUCAAAACCAUCACAUCCAUUCCGACAAUCUCGCCUCCGUCUGCCUCCAGGAUCACGUCACUUCAUUAACCUG